AUGGCCGAAUUCCCGGAGCUUGGCAAGCGCUGCGCGGUGCUGAUUUGCUCACAACUUGAUUUCACUCCUCAUCUCUGCAAGCACUGCAAGCAAUAUUACUGUGGCGAUCACCGACUCUCCCACGAAUGUUCUUCAUCUGCCUCGGCUCAAUGGGAUGGAAUUAGCAAGUUGAAGGAUGCGAUCCCGGUGAAGCCCUUCCUGUGUUCACAAGACGGAUGUUUUCAAGGAGAAACGGUGAAGAUUGUCUGCGAACAUUGCUGCCUCAACUAUUGCUUAAAACAUCGACAUCCAGAUGAGCACUCAUGCAUUACUCAGCCAAAUCGUCAAGAAAUUGUUGCAGAGAAAAUGAGAGAAAUUCGGGAAAAGCUUGGCGUUUCUGAAUCAUUACCCAGCACGUCCAAUACAACAACAACUACGGCAAGAAAGGUCUAUUCUGAUGCCGAAAAGAAGAAAAUGGAGAAAAUUGGUCUCAUGAAGUGCAAAGCUGCGUGUAAAGGCGUUGAUAUUCCGGCGAGUGAGCAACGCUUUCUACAUGUAGCUGCAGAAGAAAUUCCAGCAAAAGAUGGCGAAUUUGUGCUUGUCGGAGAAAAAUGGUCAGUGAGUCGUUGUGUUGACUCAGCGAUCGCUCGUCUCGGUUUACAAAAUGCGAACUCGGAUAUUUGGGGGAAGAAAAGGCGCUUAUACCAGUCGAACAAUCCAGAUGCACUGCCAUUCGACGCGGAAAUCGGAGAAAAAGUCACGUUCAACGAGAAUAAAGUCACUUAUUUGGAGUUAAGCAAUGUUUUUAUGGCAACGCUUUUCGGCGAGGAAUCGAUUAAGGAACGAUUUUUUGGCUUUCUUGGUGCAUCUGCAGAUUUCCCGGAUUCGACAAUGUUUCGCUUUGGCACGGGCAGCGAUCGACCGACUCCAUCAAAUGCCGAUAGAAGGAACGCAGUGAGAAAGCCAGGGAACAGCAUGGAUUUGCCGGACGAGGAACGCGUCGAUAUGAGCAAUUUUGCACUUCUUCGAGUCCUCGGGAAAGGGGCCUACGGAAAGGUGUACUUGGUGCGGAAAGUCGGCGGGAAAGAUCACGGAACGGUUUACGCGAUGAAGGUUUUACGAAAAACCCGGGUGAUCAGCAAGCCAAAAACUCUCGAGCACACGCUAGCUGAGAGACAGGUGCUAGAGAAAUUGCGAGGCGUCCCGUUUUUGGUCAAUCUACAGUACGCUUUUCAGACGGACACCAAGCUGCACAUUGUGAUGGAAUAUGUCCGAGGUGGCGAGCUGUUCACCCAUUUGUGCGGUCGUGGGCACUUUGAUGUGAACUCGACGAGGGUGAUUGUGGCCGAGUUGAUCAUCGCCAUCGAUAACCUUCAUCAGAGAAACAUUAUCUAUCGGGAUCUCAAAUUGGAGAACAUUCUGCUGGACGAAGAGGGACACAUAAAGCUUACCGAUUUCGGCCUCUCGAAAUUGUUGAUUCCAGAAGAGCUGAUGAGAGCGAAUUCUUAUUGUGGCACAAUCGAGUAUAUGUCCCCAGAAGUGAUCAAUCGGCCAGAAGGUGGCUACACGAAUGUGGUUGACUGGUGGAGUCUUGGGGUGAUCACUUUUGAGCUGCUCACCGGUUGCUCUCCGUUCACCGUCGAUCAGGGCGCCAACUCGAGCAAGGACAUUGCAAAAAGAAUCCUCUCGAAAAAGGUACCAUUCCCGAAAAAUAUGGAUGUGGAAGCGAAAAAUUUCAUCGCUGCUUUACUAGAGAAACAAUUAGAGAAGCGAUUGGGAUAUAAGGGUGUACACGAGUUAAAAUCUCAUCCUUUCCUCCGGGAGAUCAACUGGGAGAAAGCGUCGAGACGAGAGCUCGCCCCGCCAAUUGUUCCGAAUAUUGUUGAUGAGAUGGACACCACCUACUUCGCUCAAGAGUUCACAAAUCAACCGCCUCUUUACUCACCGGCCGACGCACCGAUCAACUCAAAUCAGCUAUUCAGGGGCUAUUCUUAUAUCUCCCCGUCGGUAAUGUUCGCGAACAAUAACGUGAUUGGGGAAGAGUUGAUGGAGGAAGAUGUUCAAACAAUGUUGGCCACUUCACCAUUCUUUGCCAAGUACAAGUUGGACACAAGUGAUCAAGGAUUUCUUGGGAAAGGAUCGUUUUCUGUGUGCAGAAGGUGUACCCGAAAUGCGGACGGUUUGCUCUUUGCUGUGAAGAUCGUCUCACAGAAAUUUGCUGUUCAAGCCCAGCGAGAAGCUGCUAUUUUGAAUUUGGUUAAAGGUCACCUCAACAUUGUUCGAAUGGAAGAGGUAAUGUCCGAUGCGCUUCACGUUUACAUCAUCAUGGAGCUGCUCAGUGGACAGGAGCUCUUAAUGAGAAUCCGACGACUUGAGAAAUUCACAGAAAGCGAGGCGGCGAUUAUCAUGAAACAACUCGUCGCUGCCGUCUCAUUUUUGCACUCGAAACGGAUUGUGCACAGGGAUUUGAAGCCAGAGAAUAUCCUCUUCGAGAGUGAGGAUAAAGACGCGAAGCUUCGUUUGGUCGAUUUCGGUUUCGCUCGUCUCCUUCCGAAUUCUGUCGAACAACAGCUGAAAACCCCGUGCUACUCGUUACAAUAUGCUGCACCGGAAGUUUUGGAUAUUGGAGACACUCUGCCUGAGUACAAUGAACAAUGUGAUUUGUGGUCAUUGGGAGUCGUCUUGUUCACAAUGUUAUCUGGUCAAGUUCCAUUCCAUGCUCGCUCGAAAACCGAAUCCGCGACGGAUAUAAUGGAAAGAAUUCGGAAAGCCGAAUUCUCAUUCGAAUCCGAUGCAUGGAAACAUGUGAGCUACGAUGCGAAGGAGCUGAUUACAGGCCUGUUGACGGUUGACCCGAAAAAGCGCUUGACAAUGGACAAACUGCAGCGGCAUAUGUGGUUGAAUGCGAAUUCUUUGGACACCCCCCUGCAGACUCCAUCGAUUUUACCAUCAUUUGCCGACCAAAACUUCAACGAGACUUUGCAAGCGUUUUUGUCCGCGAAUCGAGACGGUUUUCAUUUGUUGGAUGUGGCUGCGGCUCCACUUUUGAAAAGACGAGGUCUCAAAAGACAAAGCGGUGACGGGCCAGGGGCUGGCUCAGCCAAGCGUCAAGUCGUUUUUGAGCCAGUGCCUGAGGGAGAAGAGGCACAAAUUGGACGACCAACUACACUUGGUUUAUCGUCACCCGAUGCGCUCCUCGCUUAUCGCGAUCCAAUGCCGGGAACAAUUCGCGAAACGCGAGACUCAGCCGAUUCC